AUGAAAUUCAUGUGGCGAACACUUCUACUCUCGACAAUUUUGCUCAUUUCCAUCACAUCUGCAUGCAACAAAAAUGGAGAAGGAUGUUUGUUAAUGAGAAAUGUUCUUCGUGAUCCACUUCGUCUCUCAACUUGGAAAGUUUCUUCACUCAAUCGGGCAAUCAAUCAGCUUCAAGCUUACCAACAGCUGUUUCAUGAAGACAAACGAUCUUCUUCUUCCUCUGACGAUGGUCAAUUUAUGGGAAUGAUGAGACGUCGUCGGCGAUGA